UCGCAUUUAUGGCCACGUCGUCCAUGACUGUCACAACCUCCUCGCGCCAGUCGCCACGGAACCCACACGACAUGCUCUGCCUCGCCGCCUUCCUCCUCCUCGCGCUGGCGCCACCACCCGCCGCGGCAGCGGCCGCGCCUGGCCCGGCGGAGAACGAUGCUCCCUCGUGCCCGUUCGACCUGGCGACGGCGGCGCGAAUGAUCCCGCGCGAGUGCCACGCGAACGCCACGGCGGCGCCGGGCGCCACGGGCUGCUGCUGGUACGUAUUCGCGGCCUACAUCUUCGCCGCCGCCGACCACGCCAACCGCACCGGCGAGGCCUUCCUCCCGCGCGGGCCCGCGGCCGCGUGCUCCGACGCCUUCGCCUCCGCGCUCCUCGCCGGCGGCCUCGUGUCGCGGUCGCUCCUCGCCGGGAACGGCUCCUGCGACCUCACCGGCGACCCGGGCAAGCUCGCGGCGGGGUCGCGCCCGUGCCAGCUCGCCACCGUCGACGGCGUGCGCGCGCUGGGGCCACGCGCGCUGCCCAACGCCACGCGCCUCUGCGCCGCGCCGGACCUGGGGCACGCGCCGAGCGUCGCGCCCGACACGCCGGGCUGCUCCGCGUGCCGCGGCGCGGUGAUCGCGACCACCUACGAGAUGCUGGCCAGCGCGCGCACCAAGGAGUUCGUGCCCUGCGGGAUGGCGGCCACGGUCGCCGUCUGGUCGACCGCGCCGCCGCCGCUGGAGCGGUACAGCGCCUACGCUCUCUGCAUGCUCCAGGUCCUCGAGAACGUCAACAGCCUCGGCACUGGCGACCUCGUGCCCUCGCCGCCGCCGCCCGCCGCCACGGCCACCCUGUCGCCUCCCGCUCCAGCCGCUUCCUCGAGCAAAAACACCGUCGGCAUCACCGCCGGCUCGGCGGCGGCAGGCGUGGCGGUCGUCGUUUGCGCCGGGUUCGCCGCCAUGGCAAUUGCAAGAAUCCGUCGCCGUCGUAGGCUGACCGCAGAUGACAGCGAGAGCGGCGCCGGCGACUCGAGCGACGACGACGACUCCGUGGCGUCGCUGCCGCCUCUGCCGCGUGAAGGCCUGUACAUCUUUACCAAGGCGGAGCUCAUGCAAGCGACCAACGGGUACGACAAGAAGUUCCUGCUCGGCACGGGCGGCGCCGGCAAGGUGUACCUCGGGCACCUCCCGUCGGGGCAGCGCGUGGCCAUCAAGAAGAUAUAUCGGGCCAAGAAGGUGUCCGAGUUCUACGCCGAGGUGGCCGUGCUCGCCAGGCUGCGCCACCGCAACCUCGCCACGCUCGUCGGCUACUGCCUCGGCGGCCGCGGCGGCGACCAUGCGCUCGUGUACGAGUACCUCGCCGGGGGCAACCUGUGGCGCGCGCUGUUCCAGGGCGAGCUGCCGUGGCGCCGCCGGCUGGAGGUGGCCGGGGACGUGGCCGAGGGGCUCGCGUACCUGCACGGGCUCCGCGACGGCGCCGUCGUGCACCGCGACGUCAAGCCGACCAACGUCCUGCUGUCGGAGUCCGGCACGGCGAAGCUGUCGGACUUCGGCGUGUCGCGCGUCGUGCCGGCGGGCGGCACGCACGUGUCCACGGAGGUCCGCGGCACCCGCGGGUACGUGGACCCGGAGAGCUUCAGCGCCGGGCACGUCUCGGAGGCCGCCGACGUGUACAGCUUCGGCGUCGUGCUCCUGGAGCUCGCCACGGGGAUGCGCGCCGUGGUGCUGACGCCGUCGGGGGGCGCCGAGUCCAUCGUGCAGGCCGCGCACUGGGCUGUCACCGAGGCCGGCGGCGAGCCGGGGCCGGCCGCCGAGGCCAUGGUGGACCGGCGGCUCGGGCCGGCGUGGGACAGGGCCACCGUGCGCGCCGUGUUCGCGCUGGCGUGCCGGUGCGUGCGCCCGUACAAGCACGAGCGGCCGGAGAUCGCCGAGGUGCUCGGCCUGCUCAAGGGCAUGCUCGCCGACUACAGCGCGCGUCUCGUCAACGGCAACGAUUUGCUGUCUCCCGACACCGAGAGUUCGGAGGUCAUGGCCUCGUCGACGGCCGCGACGCCUGAGCCGGUGUCCUUGCCGUCGACGUCGUCGUCCACGCUCAACACUGAGGUGAUGUCAACGCCGUCGCUGCAGGGCGUCGAGUAGCGUGGCUGUCAGGACCCCGGUCGAACACUUGGAGGUUGGCCCAAUCCCCAAUGGCGACAAUCAGGACAAAGCAGCACAUCAGUAUCAAAUGUUUCCCAACUACUCGACUGUUUGGAGAUGAUCCAGUGGUGCUGUGAUUUGAUACUUGAUAGCAAGGUUUAAAUAAAGAGUACCCUUAAAUAAAAGUUGAAAAUACAAGUCUCGUUCCAUCAGUGGCAACGAGAAGAGGGUGAACCAAGCUUGGGAAGGCAGGGCACCGCAAGAAGUCUAGUUCAGAGGACAACUAGCCAGUAGCCAUAGGGUGGCCGGCCUCUGAUGCUGUAAAGUUUUCUCCGAUUUUUGUGAUUAGUUGUAAAUUUUAGUUGAUAUUUGAAUAGGCAUCGCAAAAUUGGUAUAAAUUCCCCAAAUUUAUACCAACAAUUUGCUGCCUAGCUUUAUUCUAAGUUCAAGCCCAACUAUAUAAAAAAAAGGGAAAAGGUCCAAUUUUCA